CCCGUUGGUAUCUCCUCUCGUUCCUCGAAACUUUUGCACCCUCUGAGAGCGAUCGUGCUGGAUUUUCGCGAGCUUACGGACAAACUGAGGCUGGUAUUACGCAUUUUGGAACAAUUUACAGACACGGUGUGUCGAGUUAACGAGCAGUUUUGGUUAUUAUCGACACGCUACGUCAUAUCGCCGAUGAUUGGACUCUACGUUUGAAAGUCUCCUGCAAAUGAUUUAGCGUGGAAAUCAAUUUAUCAGGAAUACAAAAUGGAUAACUGGAAUGCUCCUCAAUGGGUUGACUUCACGCAGAGCCCACAAGUUCACAGUGAGGAUUACUUCGAUCGGGAGCACAUAGAGUUGGAAUCCGGAUUCGAAUUCGAGAAGGGUCCAGUAGAUGUCAUCGAGAAGCUGGACUCGGACUUCUGGACUUCCAUAGAUAGCGAAUCGGAGUACGUAGAUGCCAUGGAACCCCCAAAGAUGACCCCAAUCAAGGUAAUAUCUCCACAUUUGAAGAACAAGGAAGGGGUCAAGGAGACCACUUACAUGAACGUCUUAAUCGAGGCAAUGGAUGGUCUCCAGUUGUCUUCGCAGAAAAAACUGAGGCGGGCUAAUGCCAGAUCGAUGAAUCCCUCCUCUAAUAGAGCUCACACUCCGGAUGUUAGAUCGAAGAGUCAGUCUCGUGUGGUACAAAUGUGUACUCCGAGCACUCGAUCGACAAGUCAGACUCGAUUGGGUGUUCUGCGCACUCCAAACACGCGAUCCAAGAGCCACACUCAGCUGACCACCAUUUGUACUCCCUCCAUCACUUUAAAAGAUCAGUCUCAACCGACUAACAUUCUCAAGCAACAACCUGGACAAGCAAGUAAUCGAACUCGUACUCCCAAUGUCAAAGGGAGAGGUAUUUCGAAGAGUCGCAAGACCAUUGAGUGCCAAGUCGAGAAAGUGGAACUGUCCACCACCAUUGGCUGUGAAAGCUUGAAUGACAUCACAAAGCUUCCCGAAGAUGCUCUUGUACUGUCGGAGGAUCUCUCAAAUGAUAUCAAGAAGCCUGAAGAAAUGACAGCCUUUGAUGACUUGGAUAACACCAUUGUAUCCACCGAGGAAAUGGCAAAGGAAACAUCAAAUGUGGAUUCUGAAGAAAAGAAAACUGUGAAGCGCAGUCUAGCUAACGACUUAAUUAACUUGUCCAGUGAGUCAUGCAAAAACAUGACCUCUACUGUCAUUUGUCAAGAGACAGGAACCGAAAUCACUGAAGAAGCUUUGAGUAGAAAUACAAAUGUGACUUCUAGUGUUGAUUGCCAAGGAGAGACUCCAGAGAAUGAAGUCCCCAAAGUUGAACAUAUGGAGUCGAAUAUUCAGAAAUUGUCCACUAUCGAUAGUCCGAAAGCAAAAGCUCUCGACGAAGAAACUUUGAGUACCGUGAAUGCUCCUAAUGAUGCAGCUUUGGAGAAAGAGUCUUGUCCUGAGGAACAGUCGGAGGAACUGCAACAAAUUUUUGAAGUAAAGCAUUCGAAUAUAGUGACUUCCUUUGGUUUGCCAGGCCCGAGUUCCAGAGUGAGUAUCUCCUGUGCACGAAAUCACCAGCGAGUGCUUACAUGCCAAUAUCGCAGAACCAGUCUAUCAAAGUAUCGCAGAAAGUCUGGUAAGUAUGUCAGUUUGGCAGAGGCUGUUUCAAAGUUCCAAACAGGAACUCCAAAACGAUUCCGAACGAAGAGCAAUAAGAAAGCAGCACCGUCUGGAAUAUCCAUUGCGAAGAAGGCUGGCCUCCAAUUGACACAUGCUGUCUCCCCAGUGUUGAGAUCGAAGACCAGAGUGCGACAAAAGCAAGUUCUUAGUCAGGAACAGCGUGAAAAGUUGGAGCUCGAAGACUUCAAGAAGCAUCAAAUCAAGGCGAACCCUGUGCCAACCAACAUUCUAAAGCAACCAGGUCCAUUGAAGAAAGUGCAGAAAAAACCAGUUACAGUGCCCCAGCCUUUCCACUUGACGGGUUCUGGGAGACCUAGUGCUUCAGUAGCUCCUUCCAAGCCCAAGGAACCUGCUCGAGAGCUUCAUCAUGAAGUCCCUCAUCGGACAACAGUGCCCAAGGUUGUAGCAGAAAGUGAGGGUCAUCUGGUAGUAAAGAAAGUGCAGAUCAAUUAUUUUGGCAUACCGUUUCAGCACAUGAAAAAGAAGUGCACCGAGCAGAUACCCUUCAGCUUUGAAGAACGUAAGAAGGAAUUAAGAGCAAAGCCUUCAGGGGAAGAAGAAAACCUGGACAAGCCCGUGGAACCCUCAGACAAACCAAAGGACCUUGGAGAACCGUCUACUUCGAAGCUGAGAAUAUCCCCUGUACCCAGUGGCAGGAUAUCUCCCAUGCCCAAUGGAAGAAAAUCUCCCAUGCCCAGCGGAAGGAAGACCCCUUCGAAGAAAACUGCUCCUCAACCCUUUAGCUUCGAAGAAAGAAACAAGUUAAUGCUGAAGAAACGGGAGGAACGAAUUAAGCAGCUCCUGGAAGAAGAUAAGAAAGGCAGGAACUUCCAUGCUAAUCCUGUACCAAAGUUCAAAGCAGUCCUACCGAAGGUAGACGUCAAGAAAGGUGAUAAAACUUCGACAACUAAGACCCAAGAGGUUGGACCGAUGAAAGCGGUUCAUGCUAAAGCUGCUUCAACAAGUAACCUAACCUCCCGGAUGCCAAGAAGAACAAUUGGCUCAUCGACAAGCAGUCUGACUUCUUUGAAAAGCGGCAACGAAUUCGGGGCUAAUGAGAAGAGGAUGUCACACGUGAGACGCACUCAAGUAAUAUUAACCACUAAAUUAACUCGCAGCGAAGCUACAUCAACUACAGGUUACCUCGAGGGUGUCACCGAGCAAGAGGACAAUAAUGUGAAAGAAUCCCCACAGUCGAGCAAGAUUACGGAAAACCCGGUCAAGGAAGUUCACAGCAAAACUUAACUAUUAACCCUGUCUAACUCCCCUCUGAGUGGUGUCGAAUAGGAAAAAAGAAACCGAUCUCUAAAUUAUGAAUACGAAAGAGAUCUGCGAAAAUGUUGCACAAUAUCGUGAUAAAGGUACACAUCACAGGAGUGCUGAGGGGAGACCAAAAUACGUUAGAAGGAGAGUGCGUUCCGUUGACACAUACAAUUGCAAAGAUACACUAUGAUUAAGAAGAUAAGAUAGAGACAGUCGUUUUAAAUCUUUUUUUACGCUUUUUUUUUUUUAAUAUGUAUACUUCCGUCAGCCUUUGUACGUGACUUUUAUUAUACCUUGACACUGUAUCUUUAGGUUAAAAUAUAAUUUGGGGAUCCCUGGUUUUAUUGACGCUGAUGGAUCAAGUCGAAUACAACCAGGGAUGAUAUAUAUA